AUGGGUUCACUCGCACCGACCCCCAACCCGCCGCAGUUCCUCGUUAUCGGCGCCGGAUCUCGAGGCCAUUCCUACGCCCGCGCCGUCGAAGCCUCGACCUCAGGACGCAUUGCCGCCGUGGCCGAGAUAGACGCUUUCAAGAGACAAGAGUUUGGCCAGCGAUACAUAUGGGGACAAGGAAACAGUCCCGCUGCCCACCAGUCCUUCGAAGGCUGGGAGGCCUGGGUCGAGUGGGAAACACGGCGCAGGCAUGUCGCCGAACACGCUGGAGGCGCUGAACCAGGCUACCUGCCCAUCACCGGCGUGUUUAUAUGCACGCUGGACGAGACUCACGCACCAAUCAUCCGAGCCAUCGCCAAGUUCAAUCUACACAUUCUGUGCGAGAAGCCCCUGGCGCUGUCCAUGUCAGACUGCCGCUCCAUCUCGUCAGCACUAUCACACUACCCUCCCAAGGUGGUGUCGAUUGGACAUGUGCUGCGCUACUCUCCACACAAUAUCAUGCUCCGCAGGCUGUUGACCUCGGAUCAAGUCGUUGGCGAGAUAGUGUCGAUCGAGCAUACUGAGCCUAUAGGCUGGUGGCAUUUCUCGCACUCGUAUGUGCGCGGGAACUGGCGACGAGCGACCCCGGAAGGUGUCGGAUCACUUCUGACCAAAUCAUGCCACGAUAUUGAUUUCUUGAUGUGGCUUCUGUCUUCUCCAAGUCCGUUGACCGGCACCGAGCCUCACCUCCCCUCGACCAUCACAAGCACUGGAUCCCUCACUCACUUCCGCAAGGCUCGAAAGCCGAAAACCGCGGGCGCCUCGACCAACUGUCUGUCCUGUCCUGCAGAACCGGACUGUAUCUACUCUGCAAAGAAGAUCUAUCGUGAUAGAUGGCUUCGCGAGGAAAAAUAUACGGGCUGGCCACUGAAGAUCGUCGUUCCAGAGAUUGAGGACAUUGUCAAAACUGAAGGAUGGGGCGAAGGUGAGAGGAAACUUAUGCAACGGCUAGGCGAUGACUAUGACAAGGCUACUACGCCUGACGACGUGAUCGCUAGCAGAAGCUGGUACGGUCGUUGCGUGUACGAGGCAGAUAACAACGUUGCGGACGACCAGACGGUCACAAUCGAGUGGGACGAAGAUCCCCUUCCAGGUCAUGAACUCGGUCGAGGACCGAAACGAGCAUUGUUCCAUAUGACGUACCCCACAUUGGCACAGUGUGAUAGACGUGGCUGGGUGUACGGUACCCUGGGAGAAGUGCACUACGAUUCACAUACGAUCACCGUUCAUACUUUCGCCGACAACAAGACAGUGGUCCAUGAUAUCCCAAAGCAAGCACCCGAGGUCGAAAAGAGCCACGGCGGUGGUGACUGGGGUCUUGCAGCAGCAUUCGUCCAAGCUGUCCAAAACGUCGAGGAAGGUUCCAUGAGCGUUGCGCAGGCGCAGCGAGAGCUUGUUGGUUGCGACGUUGAAGAAAUCAUCAGGAGUCAUGAUGUCGUCUUUGCCGCCGAGGAGGCAAGGCGCGAGAAGAAGGUGCUUCAGUGGGCCGACUGGUGCGACAAGCACAGACCGGUCACGACAUGA